AUGAGAUGCUGCUCCCCCUCUCGCAGACGGGUCCGGGGAGUGUGUGGAUUUGCCGCUGAUCUACGUCAAAGUUUUGAGAUGAUGCCCUACAUGUUUACACACGUGUUCUGCUUGGUGUGUCUUUGCUCUGGUCUUCCUCAGCAAGGGCCCUCUCACCAGAUGAAGCUGGAGACGGCGGCACCUGUCAGGGCGUCACUAGCCGACCACGCUACGCUGCCUUGUCGCUUCUCCAUAACCUCAGAUUGGGUGAGUUUGCCAACCUUCGGGGCCACAGAGGACCCCCUGAGAGUUAAGUGGACGAAGCUGGAGGACGAUGGAGAGCGGCUGGUCGUGGUGGCUCAGGGAGAAGAUAUGAAGGUGGGAGCAGAGUACACAGACAGAGUCCAGCUUCCCAAAUUUCCAAUGAUCUCCCAAGACGCCUCUUUGGUGAUGUCCAAACUCCGGGCCAGUGAUGCUGGGCUGUACCGCUGUGAGCUGAUGCUGGACAUGGACAACAUCCAGGCCACCGUCACUCUCAACAUCACUGGUGUUGUUUUCCAUUACCGAGCUAAAACCAGUCGCUACUCUCUGGAUUUUCCGAAAGCCGUGGAAGCCUGCCUCACAGCCGGGGCUUCUAUUGCCUCACCUGAACAGCUGGCUGCCGCGUACGAGGAUGGCUUGGACCAGUGCGAUGCUGGCUGGCUGGCGGACCAAACUGUGAGAUACCCAAUCAAAGUCCCGCGACCCGGCUGUGCAGGUGACCUAAUGGGUAAACCAGGCGUGAGAACAUACGGGGUUCGAGACCCUUCAGAGAAAUAUGAUGUGUUCUGCUUCAUAGACCAACUUCAAGGUGAAGUCAUCUAUCCACCAAUCAAAGAGAAGCUCACGUUAGACCAGGCAAAGGCUGAAUGUGAGAAACACAACAUGGUGCUGGCCUCCCCUGGUCAGUUGUUUGCAGCCUGGAGGGCGGGGUUAAACCGCUGUGACAACGGCUGGCUCUCUGAUGGCAGUGUCCGAUACCCCAUCAACGUCCCCAGGCCCCAGUGUGGACGUGGCCUGCUGGGGGUGCGCACACUCUACAAGUAUGAAAACCAAACUGGCUACCCUGACCACACUGACAAACAUGGAGCAUAUUGUUUCAAAGCUGGACUAUCCCCAAAAAACGACCAACAGACAGUGGGAGGAAACUUCGGAACAAACUUCUCCCAUAUGCAACACCGUGAUUACAAAAUGACCUAG